ACGCAUCCAAAUUCCGCGUCGUGAUUACCGCGCGUCUGAUCAUUCUUAGACCAAUUGAGCACGUAUAAAUUUGCUUUGCUGAAAUUGGACAACCUCGACAAUAGCCGACCGUGAGAAUUUCUGUUGCCCUGAUUUAUUUAACUCUGGGGCUUGUAUAGAUAGUGCCUGGAUUGAGGUAGCUAAGGCGCAUUUGGUCGGGCGCAGUCUCGAUAUCGUAGCUGAGGGCUAGUAUGGCACCCAUUGUUGACGUGCAUACGCACGUCUAUCCUCCUUCGUAUAUCGAGGUCCUGCGUUCGCGGGCAGCCACAAAAACGAUUCCCUAUGUCACUUCUUUUCCGGAAGACCCAGAUAACCACCGCCUCAUCAUCUUACCGGGCGAGGAUGAUUCUUCGACGCCCUCAACAGCAAGAGGACGUCCCGUCGGACCUGUCUAUUGGGAUAUCAAAGAAAAGAUCAAGUUCAUGGACCGACACGAGAUCCAAAUCUCCGUCAUUUCGCUCGCAAACCCGUGGCUCGACUUCAUUGACACUUCAAUCGCCGCAAGUGAGGCUGUGAGGAUCAACGACGAAAUCAACUCGCUGUGCGAGCAGUAUCCUGGUCGACUGUAUGCCUUUGGAGCCCUACCUCUUUCCGCAAAGCCUAGCGAGGUGGUAGCGGAAGUAAAGCGAUUGAACACGCUGUCGUGCAUGCGUGGCAUCAUCCUGGGUACGUCCGGCCUUGGCUCUGGCCUCGACGAUCCGGCAUUGGAUGCCAUCUACGCAGCCCUCGAGGAGACGAGCUCGAUGAUAUUUCUUCAUCCACACUACGGGCUUCCGUCAGAAGUCUACGGGCCUAGAAAAAACGAGUACGGACACGUUUUGCCCCUGGCUCUCGGGUUCCCGUUGGAAACUACGAUCGCGGUGACACGCAUGUAUCUGAGUGGCGUAUUUGACAGAUUCCCCAAGCUGCAGGUGCUGCUCGCGCACAGUGGCGGUACACUUCCAUUCUUGGCAGGAAGGAUCGAGAGCUGCAUUGAGCACGACGCGCAUUUCAUUCAUACUGUGAAGGAAGGUGGACGGAAGAGCAUCUGGGAAACGCUAAAGCAGAACAUCUGGCUAGAUGCAGUGAUCUACUCCGAGGUUGGCUUGAAAAGUGCAAUUGCAGCCAGUGGUGCGGAACGAAUGAUGUUUGGUACGGAUCACCCAUUCUUUCCGCCACUGGAGGGCGAGGACGAGGCCUGGCUAAGUGUGAAAACGAACUAUGCGGCGAUUGCAAAGGCAUUUGAGAGAGAUCAGGCAACUGCUGAUGGUGUGCUUGGAAACAAUGCGAUAAAAGCUUUGAGAUUGCAAUGAUUAUGAAGAUACGACAUCUAGAUUGCCCUUGUAGGUGAAAUUUUAGAAUGAAAAGGUCGUUGUGAGGCAUUCGUGCACUGUAAAGAGUCUACAUUUGUCUUUUAUUCAAUCAUAUAUUUCGAGAAUUU